AUGUUCACAACAAUCUUCGGUAUCCUGAAAAACUCCGGAGAACCAGUUCCAUUGAACAGGAUCUCAAAUGCUUUGCUGGACCAUCACCCCGAAGUGGCGUCAAAGUCCCAGAAUCUGGAACGGGAAAUUUUGAAGCACCUGGAAACUGGCCGCAAGUUUGGUCUGAUCUCCGGUUCCGACAAAGGAUUCAAGUUAUCCGUAGAUUUGAACAAACGUGAAGAUGCGCUUUUCCAUUCAAGACUGCACGUUGUGCAAGAAGACCUGGACGCACUCGGUGCCGAGCCAUUUCAAGGACCGAGCGAUUCUGUCAACCCGGUCGACCACGUAAGACGUUCGCAGACACCAACCCUGGAUCAGGUGCGUCCACCCGUGGUGCGCCGGGUGAGCACCAUUCGUCGACGGAUGGCCGCCCAGGAUAAAGAUCGAGUGAUGAUGCGGACCUCAAGGCAAAGGGGAAGAUCUCCGUCGCAGCCUCGGUCUGGAUCACGGCCACGGACACCUACGCGGUCUCAGUCGCGUACUCAUUCACGCACUCGUUCUCGCUCCUCCCGUUCCAGAGGACAACGACAUUGA